GGAGGGGAUUGGAACACCUGAAUCACAUGAUAUGGAGGGGAUUGGAACACCUGAAUCACAUGAUUGGAGGGGAUUGGAACACCUGAAUUACAUGAUAUGGAGGGGAUUGAAACAUCUGAAUCACAUGAUUGGGAGGGGAUUGGAACACCUGAAUCACAUGAUAUGGAGGGGAUUGGAACACCUGAAUCACAUGAUAUGGAGGGGAUUGGAGCACCUGAAUCACAUGAUAUGGAGGGGAUUGGAACACCUGAAUCACAUGAUUGGGAGGGGAUUGGAACACCUGAAUCACAUAAUAUGGAGGGGAUUGGACACCUGAAUCACAUGAUUGGGAGGGGAUUGGAACACCUGAAUCACAUGAUAUGGAGGGGAUUGGAGAACCUGAAUCACAUGAUUGGGAGGGGAUUGGAACACCUGAAUCACAUAAUAUGGAGGGGAUUGGAACACCUGAAUCACAUGAUUGGGAGGGGAUUGGAACACCUGAAUCACAUGAUAUGGAGGGGAUUGGAGCACCUGAAUCACAUGAUUGGGAGGGGAUUGGAACACCUGAAUCACAUGAUAUGGAGGGGAUUGGAACACCUGAAUCACAUGAUAUGGAGGGGAUGGGAACACCUGAAUCACAUGAUAUGGAGGGGAUUAGAACACCUGAAUCACAUGAUAUGGAGAAGAUUGGAACACCUGAAUCACAUGAUAUGGAGGGGAUUGGAACACCUGAAUUGCAUGAUAUGGAGGGGAUUGGAACACCUGAAUCGCAUGAUAUGGAGGGGAUUGGAACACCUGAAUCUCAUGAUAUGGAGGGGAUUGGAACACCUGAAUCGCAUGAUAUGGAGGGGAUUGGAACACCUGAAUCGCAUGAUAUGGAGGGGAUUGGAACACCUGAAUCGCAUGAUAUGGAGGGGAUUGGAACACCUGAAUCGCAUGAUAUGGAGGGGA